AGGAAAUUGAGGCAGCCGUGCCGCCACAGCCGCGCAACGAGCUUGACUCCACGCGCAACCCUUUGAAGGACUUCAUCAGGAAGAUUAGCGCCCAGGAACACAAUCUUCCUCUGAACUCCGGACAGGAUCUUGGAAAGCCACAAAAUGAGGAUUCCAACGGCCCCAUGAGAAGACCGCCGGGAUUUUCGUCGACCGUGCAGGACCUGCGGAAGGAUGUGCGAGGUGAUGACUCGUUCACCUUCCCGUCAAGAUCGGACUUGCCGCUUCCAAAGUACGACGAUCCAUUCUACUCGACGUUCCCGUAUCAACGCAAGAUCGUGGACUACCCGCACUCUCAGCCAGUCUAUUCGCCUACACCGCAGGGCCUGCUACGUCCGGCGCCGCCUCCAGCACCCCGUGGUCCGGUCUAUGGUGUCUACCCGCGACCGCCAGGGUUUCACUAUGACUAUCAGCCUCAACCAACAUUUUUUCCCACGCCAGCGUCGCGAAGGCCUCUGCAGCCCGCCUUUGCCAGCAAUCCCGUCGUCUACUCUCACCACACUGUCCCAAGCUCUGCAUAUGGGAGCUACUAUCCUGCCUACAUGUCCAACCAUGUGCCUGCCCACAUGCUGUCGUCGAGCAUCUAUCCGGCUCCUCCCGUUUCCUACUACACUCGACCUAUCACACCGGUGUCUAUCAGCAUUCGUACUUCGAUGAGUGACCAGCUGUGGAAAAUCUCGGAGACCGCCAAGGAGCGAAGCCUGAGUCAGUCCAAUAUCGGACGUACCGUUCUCUACGACCCUUACCAGAACCAGUCAUCGCCAGCUACUGGGGAUCACAACGAUGGUUAUGGACAUCGGC